AAUGGAUCUCCCGGCUGCGGCUGGCUCAAGAGGCAGGAACCCCAGGAGAAAACUCCCCCGGAUGGGUUGCAACACCCCGUGCAGGAGCUGCAAUGCCUGUGGCCGGGCGAGCAGCGGAGGACGGCGCUUUGGCUCAAGAUUUUCCCAGAUGUGCAGGAGUCAAACUCAGUAUAAGACAAGUAUGGGUCUUUCUUUUGCAUCUUAGCUACACAGUCAAACCACCCAGAAUUUUCACCAAAGAACAUCAGAGGAUGCUUGCAGAGAUGUUUCUGUCAUGGCAAUGAAAUGCUACCAGUAGGAGACCUGCAGCACUGGCAAGGGAGGAGCCAGUUCCCAUGGUGCUGCUUGACCUAUUACAGCUGCACCUUCCUGAAGAGUGCAACAUGACAGAGCUCCAUGAAGCCGUGGCUGUGGGUGACUAUGACCUGGUGAAAAAGAUUUUGAAGGCAGGGCGCUGUGACCCAAACCAUAAGGAUGCUGACUGGCAUGACAGGACCCCCCUGCACUGGGCUGCUGCCAAAGGGCGCUCGGACCUGGUCAGGCUCCUGGUGGAUCACGGUGCCCGGCACUGCCUGCGGAGCGAUGUGGGCUGGACCGCGGCUCACUUCGCUGCCGAGGCGGGGAAGCUGCGGGUGCUCCGCACCCUGCACUCCCUGCACGCUGCUAUGGAUGCCGCCGACCUCUUCGGAGACACUCCUCGGAGGUUCGCGGAGAUCUACGGACACCGGGAGUGCUCCAAAUUCUUGGAAAAAGCAGAGGUGGAGAGCAGGAACUACCGCAGGAAAGCUGCGCUGAGAAAAAUCCCCUUAGACCAGAGAGAUGAAGACUGGGAACUCAAGAAAGAAGAGCUUCAGAAAAAUCCACCAUGUUUUUGGGAGAAGUGCACGGCCUCUAUUCAAAAGAAAAAUGGGGAAAAAAAGGGGAAGCGGUAGUGUGUCCUGCCUGUUUGGUGCCUCCAAGUCUUUGCAAUGCAGAGCAAAGGCACUGGCAGACCUCAGGUGGUUCUGCAGGGUGUUAUUUGGGUGAAUGGAGGAAGUAGUUGGCUACAAGAGUGUGUCCUUAGGGAUAUACUGUAAACAAUCUCCUUAAUAACUAGGAUUGCUUCAGCUUCUCUAUGUAUCUGAUCUCAAAAAUAAAAACAACUGAAG